AGGGUCAUUGUUGGAGGCAUAAAUGUUGCUAUGACUACUGAAACCUUGGUGACUGAACUAAACAGAAAGGAGAGUGCCCAGUCUCCUAAGACCAUAUCAAGCAAGUCUGUAGACAUGUCUAUGGAAAAGAUGACCAAAAUAGAAGAGAAUUUUCAAAGGGCCAUAAGUCUUAAGAGGAUGGUCGACAGGUGGCAAAAUUCACAUACUACCUGUCUGUGGCAAAUGACAUUGAGCCAGAGAAGAAACCCAUAUGCCACCCUAAGGAUGCAGGAGACCAUGGUACAGGAAUUGGCACUGGCCAACAAGCAACUACUGAUGGUCCGUCAAGCUGCCCUGCACCAGCUGUUUGAAAAGGAGCAUCAGCAGUACCAGCAGGAACUAAAUCAGAUGGGCAAAGCUUUUUAUGUGGAGAGACUCUGACGACAUCCAAAACACCGUUCUUCCAUUUUCAUCAUGCCUGCUAACCUAGCCUU